CAAGAACAGCAAAACAACUCCGAUCAUCUCACCGGUAAUAUGCAGUGUAAUAUUGUGCACAAAUGAACGAGUGCUAUUCGUGGCUAUCCGAACUCCAUCUGCAAUGUCAGUAUCUUCACCGGUUCUCGAGCGCUGAAUAUUCCAUGUGAAACUGGCUGCACCUCAGUCCCGCAACCCAUCCAGACACGAAGUACCGAACACGCGUACACGGCCCAGCGAAGAGUCGUCUCGCAGCGACCAUCCUGAAUAUCAUGUUAGAUGAUACCAAAAAACUGGACAAUGGGAUCAAAGCAUCUCGUAUCAACCUGUCGCAUGAGAUCGAUGAGAUUCUGAAGCAUCAGGUUGUACGCGCGCACGCGGAGCGCUGGAGCCAUGAUCUUCGUUUCCUCACCUUUGAUGAUUCCGGCGGUUUCUGUGAUGAAAAAGGAUUCAUUCCUUCCGACAAACCCGAUGAAACAUCUGAAGGAACACGAUCAAUCCCCGCUUCCAUCACUGGACAGUGUCAAAAGUGUGAGCUUCGAACUCCAGUUCCUUCUGGCCACCGGUGCACGUCGCAUUUCCAAGGGACACACAACAAUGAAGAACGCGACAAGGCUCUCAAAGCAUACACAAAUCCGUGCGUACAUAUCUGCGAACUCACCUGCGCCCACUGUAGCCACAUUCCUCUUUUCCCCAACAAUGGUACUAUCACCUCCUUCAAAAUCCGUCGAAUUGACCCAAAGGCUUGGACUCAAUGCCGACAUUUUGUUGCUCUGUCGUACUGUUGGGCAGCAGAAGGUACUGAGUUUGGAGGAUCUCCAAAAGCACCCUACACGGUCAUUGAAGAAGAUGGCCGGCUCCGCAAUAUGCGUGCUAGUAGCGCAACCAUCGAUCGAGCUGUCGAUUUCGCAAGACAAAACGGCUUUCGGAUGAUAUGGAUCGACCAGGAGUGUAUAGAGCAGGAUAAGCCCUCAGAGAAGGAGUUAGCUGUUCAGGCAAUGGAUCUAGUAUACCUUGAGGCUCACACCUCUAUCGCGUUACUGCACACAAACCUCGAACAAAAACAUCUCAAUGCUCUACUUCUGGCGUAUGAGGCCAACCAUGCGCAUACCCUGAGCACACGGCGUGGACGUCCGAGACUCGAUGGUCGUCGAGGCCUCAACCUCGUGGAUCUGACCGAGGCCGUCUCACUGAUUGCCAACGACAAGUGGAACACCCGUGCAUGGGUACUUCAGGAAGCCUUUGUUUCGAGCGGUAACAUGACCUUACUUUUUCCACGCUCACGCAACGUCGAUGUAAGAAGCUGGACUCUCGUCUGCCACGAAAUGUCUCUUUCGGAGAUUGCUAUUCGUUUGGACGUGAUAGUCUCAUGCAUAAGAUCGUGCUUCAGCUCUGUCAGCGCUGUUCUCAAUCGCCAGAUUGCCGCCUUAGACAACCCGAAAACCACCACGCAUGUUCCACAUGCUUCCUCUUCUGAGCUCAAGCAUACGUUGGAGCGAAUCGUUCUCUUCCAUCCACAGGAACCGCGCCGUGUAGCAUCAAUGACGAUUAGGCUAAACACGUCGAGGUUGAAACGGACGUGUAAUGCAGCCGUCGCGCUGACCUACCUGAGGUUGCGGGAUCUCCAAUGUGUGGCCGAUAAACUGGCGAUUGUCGCCAACAUGUGUGGGUAUACUGUCAGGCUGAAUACCGCGAAGAUGGAAGAGACACAGGAGAGCCUUGGUCUCUGCAUGAUAGCACUGAGCCUCGCGAAUGGAGACUUUUCAUUGAUCACACCCGAGGUCUACCGUUUCCCGGCAGGCAAAGGUCUCGCUAGAAUUUCACCUGGAAACGAAGAAUCCGAGAAAGCCGACUUUUCGUGGAGUACGGAUGUCUGCUCGCAGUUGAAGUACAUCUACACCGAAUCCUGGAAUCCUCAUGGAAACUAUGCGUCCCUCGGUGUUGGCUCCACGAUGAGUCUGUCAAGCUCGGGCCUGUCUCUAGUCGGAAUGAUCUGGAACAUGGAUCAAUAUAUUGACAUGCAGCACCUCAGGAACAAGUAUGGCAGUUCCUGGGCUUCUAUGAAUAGGAACCUGGCCAAGACCCCACACGAGACGGUUCGACUGGGGACCACUCAUCUCUUGUUUGAGAUCAUACAGGACUUGAUCUUGCAGGAUGAAAUCCAGGUCGCCGAUGCAAUCCUGAACUCGACAUCAAAUCCUCGGUGGCAAGCACACUCGCCCGAACGAGGAAUCGAGACUGUGCUGCAACUGCCCCCUGGACUGAGUAUUGAAAACAGAGGGGGCAUGUUUACACUCGAUCGGAGUGACGACAACAGGUUCCAUCAGUGCUGGAUCAUAGAUCGCGUCAUGAGCAAAGGCGGCUUCUGGGUGGGCCAUAUUGCGAACACGCCGCAACAAGCCGACGCCGCCUCGAUAGAAGCCCGGGCCCAGACGCGAGGCAAAAGCGACCACGCACUCGACGCGGGGCGGCAUCAGUCGACCCUCCUCACGCACUGGCUGUUAAGCAAUCUCCUGUCAUUUACGCAAAACACCUCCGACGAGCCCGAAGCCAAAGGCGACACAGACGUGGCCUCCGUUGUGCUAAAGCAAGGCGACUUGCUAGCCUCACUGUGCACCGUCCUCAACACCGAACCCGAGGGCCGCAGCAAAGCGCUCGCCGAGCGCCGAGCCAUCUUCGACGUCGACGGGGACACCAGCGGGAGCUGCUUGGUCUUCCAGCCCUACCACAUGAUGCUAGAGUCAAUCCCAAGACCGGAACUGCGCAGCAUGAGCGUAUCCUGGAGGGUCGAGCAUGUGGAGGAUCUAGAGAAGCAGGGCGUCGAGGAUACCACGGGUGGGAAUGGAGAAGGGAAGAAGGAGCAGGUCUAUAAGACUCGCGGUGCGGUGCAGGGCAUGUGGAAGUACAACACCAUCAUAGGGAGUCGAGUUUCUUUGGUCUGAUACAGGGAGACGAGAAGGGAGGUUUUGUUGUACUUACUCCGUGGAGCGAAAUUGUUUGAGGGCACGGCGAAAAUUUCGUGGUUCUCAGUUGCGCUUGAGAUAAUGCAGCCUGCUGGGCGCCGGGUGCCGAUAUAUCCGUUUUGUAAAAUUGCGGGACUGGUGAAGCCAGGUAACGCGUAUACGGUAUGUUGUUGCGAAACCGAUAAUGCGCUUCCUGACGCUGCG